CCCCCUUGCGUCUGCACCGGUUCUGUCCGCGUGUCCCGCCGCAGCAUGGCCACCACCAAGCGCUUUCCCACGCUCGUGCAGCUGGAGCAGCGGGGCGGGGCGCCGUUCCAGGUGCUGGGCGACAGCGCCAAGCAGCCCUACUGGUUCCACGUUGAGUACCUCAAGAGCCCGAAGACGGUUCACCUCGAGGCGUGGCUGGUGGAAGCGAUCUUCGGCCCCGGCGGAGAGCACAUUCCGCACGUCGAGUGUGUGUCGCAGACCCUGCUUCGCAUUAACCAGUGGGAUCCCGAAGGCGAGGCCGAGAUCCUGAUCUUUGGCCGGCCUUCUUACCAAAAGGAUGUGUCCAAGAUGAUCAUGAACUUGGCUCACUACCACCGCCAACUCCGGGCACAAGGUUCGCUGAAGAACGCUGCCCAGCAGGCCGAGCUGUCGAGCUUCUCCGCUGCAGUCCGGAUGGCUAUGCUCCAGGCCUCCCCCGACAAAGUCCGAGUGGUCAAGACCCAGAGAUCCCCCGACAAAGUUCGGGAGGCCGCGACCCAGCGGUCCCCCGACGCUGCUCAAGAGAAGGCGACCCAGCGGUCCCCCGACGCUGUCCAGGAGAAGGCGACUCAGCGGUCCCCUGACGCUGUCCAAGAGAAGGCGACCCAGCGGUCCCCCGACGCUGUUCAAGAGAAGGGGACCCAGCGGUCCCCCGACGCUGUUCAAGAGAAGGGGACCCAGCGGUCCCCUGACGCUGUUCAAGAGAAGGCGACUCAGCGGUCCCCCGACGCUGUCUGGGAGGUGGCGACCCAGCUGUUCCCCAACACAGUCUAGGCGGCGGCGACCCAGAGCUCCCCCAACACUACCCAGAGCCCAGUUCCCAGGUUGUGAAGGCAUUUCGGGGCCCCGGAGCGCGAGCCAAGCAAGGUUCAAGCGAAAACCCCUCUCUGGGGCCCUAUUCUAGGUCCUGCUUCUGCAGCAGAAGCUGGGGAAAGGAAAGGGUGGUGUGGGAUGUUCCUGGUUUCCCCUCCCCACCCCAAUGUUAAAUGUUUGCAAGCACAAAUCUAAAAUUGUAACAAAAGAAUCGAAUUUCCUUAAUAAA